AUGCGACGACGACGCAUGUCUCAUCUUUCAACAUGUUAUUAUAUGGGAAUAUUAGCCAUAGCCGAUACAAGUGUAUUACUUCUUGGUCUAUCUGUAAUGUGGCUUUAUUUAGUAAAUCGACAAUGGUCAUUAUUAUUACAAUCAACAUAUGGGUGUAAAUUUCUUUCACUUUUAUUUUAUACAGUAGCCGAUGUUAGUGUUUGGCUUGUUUGCAUGAUGUCAGCUGAUCGCUGUAUAGCUGUAACGCGUCCACUUCAUGCUAAUUCAAUAUGUACAGUACGACGUGCACGAAUAUCUGUUUUAAUUCUUGUUAUAUGUAUUAUAUUAAUUAACAUUCAAUUUUUAUUUACACAUCAUUUAUCAAUUGAAAAGGAAUGUACGUAUCAUGAACGUUACGAAUUUUUUAGUCGUCAAAUAUGGCCAUGGAUAGAUGCAGCUGUCUAUUCUGCAUUACCAUUUAUAUUAUUAUUAACAAUGAAUUUGAUUAUUGUACAUAGUUUAUUUCAAGCACGACGUUCAACAUCACUUUUACAAAUUUAUCAGUCACAAAUAACACGUCAUAAAAAUAAAUUACUAACAUCAAUGUCAAAAAAAUUGACAACAAUGCUUUUAGCUGUAACAUUCUUCUUUUUAUUAAGUUCAUUUCCAAUGGUUUGUUUACAAAUAUAUACAAAUAUACAUAAAAAUAAUCAAUAUCAACAUUUUGCACAAUUCUAUCUUAAACCAUUAUGUGAAACAUUACAAUAUUCGAAUCAUUGUAUAAAUUUUUUUCUAUAUGCUAUUACUGGUAAAGCAUUUCGUCAUGAAUUGAAACGAUUAUUUCGUAGCAUUGCUGUUAAAAUGCAUUUAGCAAAAAAAACAAUAGAAAACCCUCCAAUCGAUCGUCGUACAACAGCAAUCAAUUUAAAUUAUUUACCUGGUGAUACUGAUUUUGAACAACGAUUAAAAGAAAUACGAACAUCACCUAUGGCUCUUCAACUUCUUCAUUGUCAACAAUCGAUGAAUUCAACGGUUACUAAUGGUACUAUUUUUUCGAGACAUUUUCAACAAAAACAACAACAAAAUGUUCGUAAAACUAUGCCUGAUGUUGAUCUUUAUGCCGAUGCAACUUUUCUUGGAUGGCUUGUUGCUUCAUUCUCUCUUGGUCAAUUAAUAGCAUCACCUAUAAUCGGUUAUAUUGCAAAUCGAACUAAUAAUAAUAAACUACCAUUAGUUAUAAGUACAGCACUUAUUGUUGUAGCUAAUCUUCUUUAUGCUUAUAUACAAAGUAUCAAUAAUUUUGUUUUCUCAAAUAAAUGGUGGAUUAUGUUGGCUCGUUUUAUUAUGGGAAUCGGUGCAGCUAAUUCAACGAUAAUGAGAUCAUAUGCUUCAUCGGCAACCACAGUUUCAGAGCGAACAAAUGUUAUGGCUAAUCUAUCAGCUUAUCAAGGAGUUGGUUUUAUUCUUGGACCUUUAAUUCAAGCUCUUUUUGCUUUUCUUAGUUAUCCUGGUCCUGUACAUAAACCCUGGCUGUAUCUUAAUAUAUAUACGGCUCCAGCUUUUUUCAGUGUUUUAACGGGUGGCAUCAACCUUGUACUAUUCUUAAUUACAUUUAAAGAUGUACGGAUUGUUUCAUCAACGGGAAGGAGUGUUAGUGGAGAUAAUUCAAAUCAAAAAUUGUCAUCAACUGAACGUCAUGAUCAAUUAAUGGCUAUUAUAUGUUGUCUUUAUAUGUUUUUUGUUGCUUAUUUGACAUUUACAAAUUAUGAAACUAUAGAAUACAUAUUUUAUUGGAAUGUAAUGUUUAGAAUAGCUUCACCACUUUCAAUUGAUAUGUAUGCAUGGUCCAAAGAACAAAGUACAAGAAAUAAUGGUUAUAUACUUGGUGCACUUGGUUGUAUGUCAGUUGUAGUUUUACUAGUUACGAAAUUCUUAGCUAAACGGUUUCAAGAUCGUGCAUUAGCAUUACUUGGUUUGAUUAUAUCCUUUCUUGGUUAUUUCAUUUUCUUACCAUGGGGUACCGAUUAUCCAAGUGUUCAAAUUGCAUCAUUUACACCUACAACUGUAACUGCUACUCCAUCAUCAACAACAUUAUCAUCUAGUUUACUAACAACAACGGCUGAUAGUGAUGAAAAAGGUUGUCCACUUGAUUACCAAUGGUGUUAUACAGUACCACGUGUACAAUUAUGGCAAUAUAUAACAGCAUCAGUUGUUAUAACAAUAGGUUUUUCAAUUAGUAAUGUCAUUUGUUAUUCAAUAUUUUCAAAAAAACUUGGUGAUCGUCCACAAGGUACAAUGAUGGGUAUAUUUACUAGUGCUGGUUCAUUAGCACGUGCAUUUGGUCCAAUAACAGUUGGUUUUCUUUAUAAACAUUGGGGACCACGUAUAUUAAUGAUAUUUAUGCUUACAUUUGUCUUAAGUAGUAUUUUAUCAUCAAUACUUAAUUACAAAAGAUUGUAUAUUGAAAAUGAAGAUGAACAUGAUGAUAGUAAUGAACAAUUUAAUACUAAUAGUAGUGGACGUGAUAGAUCAAAUAGCAAUAAUAAUAUUGCUUGA